AUGGUCGCCAUACCUACUCUCUCUCUCCUAUUGAUCCUGGCAGAGGGGGCAGGUCUGGUGGAUGCCUCCCCCCACCUCCUGCUACGGCCCAGCCCGCGGGAGCGUGAUGCGGGGGCCAUGAUGAACUUCAACAUCGCCGUGAUCCACGCUGGUGCUACGGUGCAGGCAGAGGCGGCGGUGGCGGGGCCUGGGGGAAGGGUGCUCUACCCCGGCUUUGGUCGGGUGUACGGCUCCCUGGGGGAGAGCGUGGUCACCCAGUGGGGCUCUGCUAACGUCAUCUGGCUACAGGUGAAUGACAGUAGUCCUAAGACUGUUCUGUCCCAGCUGUGUGAGCUGCUGGCGGCGCGGCCUCUGCAGGGUCUGGUUUAUGAAGAGGAAAGGCCCCCUCGCACAGCAUGGGGUCCUUUGGCCCCCAUGCUGGAGUUUGUCUCUGCGCAAACAGGACUGCCUAUUGUGGCUGUAGGAGGGGGAGCGGGGCUGGGGAGGAUGCCACAGGAAUCAGGUUCCAUCUUUCUCCAGUUCAGCUCCUCUACUGCCCUCCAAUUAGAGGUCAUCUUUGAGGUGCUGGAAGAGUACGACUGGACGGCCUUUUCCGUGGUGUCCACGCGUCACCAUGGCUACCAGGACUUCCUGUCUGUGGUGGAGGGCCUGACGGAUGGCUCGUUCAUCGGCUGGGAGAAGAAGAGUGUGGUGAUCCUGAACGUGACUGACGACCCUGGGGGGGCACGCACGCGCAGGCUGCUGAAGGAGAACGAGGCGCAGGUACGUUUGCUGUACUGCUCCCAGGAGGAGGCCGAGCUGGUUUUCCGUGCCGCCUGGGCUGCAGGUCAGGCUGGAGCCUCAAACAUGUGGUUUGCCGUGGGGCCGGCUCUCUCAGGUUUGGGCAUGGAGAACCUGCCUCGGGCUAUUUUUGCCGUGCGGCCCCAGGGAUGGAGGGACGAACCUCGCCGGAGGAUUGCUCGGGGAGUGUCGGUGCUGACUCAUGGGGCAGUUGCGAUGCGGAAGGAUUAUGGAACCACGGGAGGGCCAAACUUUGUCACCAACUGCAUGACAGACGCCAAUCAGACCCAGAGACUGCGAGGCAGGAUGAGGUAUUUCAGCAACAUCACGCUUGGUGGUCGAGACUACUCCUUUAAUGCUGAUGGAUAUCUUUCCAACCCCUACCUGGAUGUUAUUUCCUGGACACAUGGAAGUGGAUGGGAAGAUGUAGGUUGGUGGGAGAACGGUGUGCUAAGACUUCGGUACCCACCCUGGUCCCGCUAUGGGCCAUUCCUUAAACCACCUGAUGAUGCCCAGCACCUGCGAGUUGUCACACUAGAGGAAAGGCCAUUUGUUAUUGUGGAGCUCGCAGACUCUGCAUCUGGGACCUGCAUCCGUGACUCAGUGCCCUGCCGGCGACCCCUUAAUGCCAGUACCAAUCAUGAAGGUGUGACUCCCGUGAAGCAGUGCUGCAAGGGCUUCUGCAUCGACAUCCUUAAGAGAUUGGCUAAGAUUGUCGGCUUCACCUAUGACCUUUACUUAGUGACCAAUGGAAAACACGGGAAGAAAAUUGAUGGGGUUUGGAAUGGCAUGAUUGGAGAGGUGGUAUACAAGCGAGCGGACAUGGCCAUUGGCUCGCUGACUAUCAAUGAGGAGAGAUCAGAGGUCGUGGAUUUCUCUGUCCCUUUUGUGGAGACUGGGAUCAGUGUAAUGGUCUCUCGUAGCAACGGAACUGUCUCACCAUCCGCUUUCUUAGAGCCGUACAGUCCAGCGGUGUGGGUGAUGAUGUUUGUCAUGUGCCUGACUGUGGUUGCUGUGACCGUCUUCAUUUUUGAGUUCUUCAGCCCUGUGGGCUACAACCGCAGUCUCCAGACUGGCAAGAAGUCUGGAGGGUCUACUUUUACUAUUGGGAAGUCUGUAUGGCUUUUGUGGGCCAUUGUCUUCAACAACUCAGUGCCAGUGGAGAACCCCAGAGGAACCACCAGCAAGAUCAUGGUGCUGAUCUGGGCCUUCUUUGCUGUCAUCUUUCUUGCCUCUUACACUGCUAACCUGGCUGCCUUCAUGAUCCAGGAGGAGUACAUUGACACGGUGUCAGGCCUCUCGGACAAAAAGUUUCAGCAUCCCGAGGAGCAGUACCCACCUCUGAAGUUUGGCACAGUGCCCAAUGGGAGCACCGAAAAAAACAUCCGCUCCAACUACCCAGACAUGCACCAGUACAUGGGCAAAUACAACCAGAGAGGAGUGGAGGACGCCAUACUGAAUCUAAAGACUGGGAAACUGGAUGCUUUUAUUUAUGAUGCUGCAGUAUUGAACUAUAUGGCCAGGAAGGACGAAGGUUGUAAGGUGAUGACCAUAGGCUCGGGGAAGGUUUUUGCCACCACAGGCUACGGUAUCGCCCUGCACAAAAACUCACGUUGGAAACGUCCUCUUGACCUGGCCCUGCUGCAGCUGGUGGGAGAUGAUGAGAUUGAAAUGCUGGAGCGCCUCUGGCUGUCGGGUAUCUGUCAUAAUGACAAAAUUGAGGUGAUGAGCAGUAAACUGGAUAUUGACAACAUGGCUGGGGUCUUCUAUAUGCUGCUGGUGGCUAUGGGACUUAGUUUGCUGGUGUUUGCCUGGGAACACUUGGUCUACUGGAAGCUUCGACACUGCAUGGCCACCAGUUCUGGCAAAUUGGACUUUCUCCUGGCAAUCAGCAGGGGCAUGUAUAGCUGCUGCAGCUUUGAGGAUGAAACAGCACCAGGUGGAACUAAAUCUUUGCCUACCCAUCACCAAACUGCGAUGGUCACAGUCCCGUCUCAGCCACAUGUUGUCUCAACAUCAAUGACCAACCCAGCCAUUGCCAUGGCGCAACAGCAGCAACCACCACAACAGCAGCAACCGCAGCCUGUCUACAAAACACCUCUACCAGGCUCUCCUCCCACCGUGGUGCAUUCUGGGUCAGCACUGGGUCCCUCCGGCACCCCCAUUUCCGGUGCACCCCUCCCUUGCUCCACCUUUCUGCCCAGACCAGACCGCAGGCUGGCCGUGGUGGAUCGCUGGAGGUUGCCUAAAUCAGCUACAGCCACUAAUCCAAUGGCUGUAAGAGGGGCCAUUACUGACAUGGGACCCUUUGCUCAGAAAGUCCCUCCAAACUGGGCUUCGACUGCUGGAGGGGGUGGGGGACUUGAUGGUUAUAAAAGAUACUAUGGUCCCAUUGACCCUGAGGGACUGGGGCCCUGCAUGGAGCAGCAGGCAGGUUCCCAGACCCCCAAGACUAUGCCCAGGGGGGCCGUUAAACCUCUGGGCACUCCCAGAGUGCCUCCUAAGAGUCAGGCCCCUCUGCCUCCUACACCCCCACUGCCACACCCCUCUCCCCCUCUCCCCUCAUCCUUCUGGAGAAAGCGCAGGCCCAAGAAGCCCAAAGAGCCCGGAGGGCCUCUGUACGAGAACAUUCUGCCCCUGGGGCGGAGGGGAGGAGCACGAGAGGGAGUGAGAGAGGGCGGAGGGAGGAGGGCACGCCCCCUCUCUCCCCCGCUCUCACUUCCUGUGCCAGUACCCCUCAGCCCCUCUUACACCCCUCCUUCCCCUUCUGCAUCCUUGCACUAUACGUCAUCAUCCUCUUCGUCGACCACAUCAUCUACAUCCACGUCCUCAUCAGCCUCAUCUUCUCGCUCCACCUCUCCUACCUACUCUUACAGCUCCUCGAGGAGCACAAGAGACAGGACUGGAGGGAUAGAUGGAGAGGAUGAUGAUGAUGAUGAGGAGCUGACAGAGGAGUCAAGCCUUCUCCUUGGCAGGGGGAGGGAAAGGGAACGCUCAAUCAUCCGACCUCGUUCCCUCAGCCACGGGCGCCUACCACCACCCAUACCCCCAAGAAAGCCUCGCACAUCUUGGGGUGACAGAGAAAGGGAGCGGGAGAGGGACAGAGGGGGAAGUCAACUGUCUCAGCUCCAAGAGUGGUGGGCAAGCUGGAGCGAGAGAGAAAGGAGUGGAGCAGGUGGAGAGAGUGAGAGGCAAAAGAGGGAAAAGAAGAGGAGAAAAGAAAAAGAAAAGGAAAAGAAGAAAAAGAAAAAGAACAAAAAGAGGAAAAAGAGGGAAGAAAGAGAAAGAGAGAGAGAAAGAGAAAGGAAACGGCGGAAGGUGAAAAAGAAGAAGAAGAAGGCACUGAAGACAAAGAAAAGAAAGAAAUCAACUGGGGGAAGACGCUCUGAGCCAGAGGAGGGAGAUGUAGAGCAAGAGAGGGAAGGAGAGGCAGAGGGAGAGAGGGAAGGAGGAAUACAAGACUACUCUUCCUUUUCUACUCAGUAUCGGAGUACAUUUGGAGACAAGGGCAGAGAUUCAUGGGAGGGAGAGAGGGACAGAGGAAGGAGAGAAGGAGGAGAUGAUGGAAAUGACAGGGAACAAGAGGACAGCAGCAGAAGUAGGGAGAGGCGUUCCAAGUCUUCACGUCCUCAUUCAAGACAUCAUACCCCUAGUAAGCGCUACCCUAACCUCAACAAACUCCCUGCAUCAGUUAAAUUUUGGGUAAAUGGAAGAAUAGGUGAUUCUAACACUCCCCCAACAUCCCUCCAUCCUCUUCUUCCAUCCUCUAAGAGGAGAAGAAGUGGAGGGAUGGACAGAGAUGACAGUGGUAGACUCGGAGAGCGGCGCCCUUUGUUAAUGCAUUAUGAAAAAGAGAAAGCACAGACAAGAGAAGGGCUGUCAUUCCACGAAUGGGACUCUGAAGAUGAUGAGGACGAUGAUGAGGAUGAG